AUUGAGGCCUCAGAGGCGGUGCUGCGGGAAGCGGGUGGACAACGCGGUAUCUUCUCUUUCAAAGCGGAUCCGGGAAGUCCCGCCACCGCUGUCGCCACCAUGAGUCGCAACUAUAACGAUGAGCUGCAGUUCUUGGACAAGAUCAGUAAAAACUGCUGGAGGAUAAAGAAGGGCUUCGUGCCCAACAUGCAGGUUGAAGGAGUUUUUUAUGUGAAUGAUGCUCUGGAAAAAUUAAUGUUUGAGGAAUUAAGGAAUGCCUGUCGAGGUGGUGGUGUUGGUGGCUUCCUGCCUGCCAUGAAGCAGAUCGGCAAUGUGGCAGCCCUGCCUGGCAUUGUUCAUCGGUCUAUUGGGCUUCCUGAUGUCCAUUCAGGUUACGGGUUUGCCAUUGGGAAUAUGGCUGCCUUUGAUAUGAAUGACCCUGAAGCAGUGGUGUCCCCAGGUGGUGUCGGGUUUGACAUUAAUUGUGGUGUCCGCUUACUAAGAACCAAUUUAGAUGAAAGUGAUGUCCAGCCUGUGAAGGAGCAGCUCGCCCAAGCUAUGUUUGACCACAUUCCUGUUGGGGUGGGAUCAAAAGGUGUCAUCCCAAUGAAUGCCAAAGACUUGGAAGAGGCCUUGGAGAUGGGUGUGGACUGGUCCCUAAGGGAAGGUUAUGCCUGGGCUGAAGAUAAGGAGCACUGUGAGGAGUAUGGAAGGAUGCUGCAGGCUGACCCCAAUAAGGUCUCACCCAGGGCGAAGAAAAGAGGCCUUCCUCAGUUGGGCACCCUGGGAGCAGGCAACCACUAUGCAGAAAUCCAGGUUGUGGAUGAGAUUUUCAAUGAGUAUGCUGCUAAGAAAAUGGGCAUUGACCACAAGGGACAGGUGUGUGUGAUGAUCCACAGUGGAAGCAGAGGCUUGGGCCACCAAGUAGCCACAGGGCCGAGCCUUGUCCCGAGCAAAAUCACGCCGUAAUUUAGAUUUCCAGGAUGUCUUAGACAAACUGGCAGAUAUGGGAAUUGCAAUCCGUGUUGCUUCACCCAAGCUGGUUAUGGAGGAGGCUCCCGAGUCCUAUAAGAAUGUGACAGACGUGGUGAAUACCUGCCAUGAUGCUGGAAUCAGCAAGAAGGCCAUUAAACUGAGACCUAUCGCUGUUAUCAAAGGAUAGAGCCUUGACCAGCACAGCCUCUGUUCACCACUAACCCGCAGAAGAGCGGAAGUGAACAAAACACUCUCAAGACAUCAGAUUCAAGAACUGACUGACAGGUUCUGAAGCAUGUAGCUGCUACCAUCACACCUGAAUGGCUGACAGAGAGGCCACUGUUAUAGGAGCCACUGUUGUUAUAUGCUUCCAGGAGGCACAUUGCCCCCAUUUGGAACGGGAAAAUAUGCCUCUUUUUCCUUUGCCCCACAGAUUUUUAGGGAAAUCCAUUAGGGUGUGGGGAGGGGUCAGAAAACUGCCUUACUCAGUCCUGCAAGUCUGUAAUCAUUAGAGUGAACUUCUUGACACCGAGCUGUUUAUAUCCCAGUAGGUAUCACGAAGAACAUUCUAUUAAAUGAGGUUUUUGAAUGUUU